UGCAGUCAGUUGCAGCCUGUUGUCGGCCAUAAUGGUGUUCGAUGCUUGCUGCCUGAGCCAGGAGGAGGCCGAACAAAGGGCCAAAUCUAGGAAAAUAGACAAACAGCUUGCCCAGGAGAAAGUGCAGUACCGUCGUCAAGUCAAAGUCUUGCUUUUAGGCGCUGGGGAGAGUGGGAAAAGCACGUUCCUAAAGCAAAUGCGCAUCAUUCAUGGCCAGGAUUUCGACAGUGAAGCAUUGAAUGAAUUUCGCCCAAUCAUUUAUGCUAACAUCCUCAAGGGGAUGAAAGUCCUAGCUGAUGCCCGAAGGAAAUUGAGGCUCGAAUGGACUGAUCAAUCGAACCAAAUGUACGCAGAAAGGAUCUUAGCUUUCACGGCACCACAACAAAUCGACACAGAGCUUUUCAUGAGUUACUUCGAUUGUGUGAGAAGGCUUUGGCGGGAUAAGGGAAUUCAAAAUGCUUACGAUAGAAGGAGAGAAUUUCAGCUGGGCGAUUCUUCCAAAUAUUUCCUCGACCAUUUGGAACGUAUUGGUCGGCAGGAUUACAUGCCCUCAAAACAAGAUGUCCUUCAUGCAAGAAAAGCAACAAAAGGUAUUGUAGAGCAUGAGUUUAUCAUCAAGGGGAUUCCUUUCAAAAUGGUUGAUGUAGGUGGCCAAAGAUCACAAAGAGCUAAGUGGUUCCAGUGCUUUGAUGAGGUUACAUCCAUCCUUUUCCUUGUUUCAUCAAGUGCUUUUGACCAGGUUCUAAUGGAAGACAGAACAACAAAUCGUCUGGUGGAGUCGUGCAACAUAUUUGAGACUAUAGUCAACAAUAAGUUCUUUGCCAAUGUGUCUAUCAUCCUUUUUCUCAACAAGACAGAUCUUUUAAUGGAAAAGAUCAAAUAUGCAAACAUUAAAGACUACUUCCCAGCUUUUAUAGGUGAUCAAAGGAAACUGGAAGAUGUUCAGAACUUUAUUUUACAAAUGUUUGAUAGCAAGCGACGAGAGAGGUCUAAAGCUCUCUUUCAUCACUUCACAACAGCCAUCGACACAGAAAAUAUCAAGUUUGUUUUCCAUGCAGUGAAAGACACCAUUUUACAGGAGAAUUUGAAGUCUUUGAUGCUGCAGUAACUCAGAAGUGCAAAGUAUGUUGCCACACAAUGUUUUUCAAGAUAUUUCAAUUUAAAAAGGGCUCUGUGAGACUCACUGAAGGUUAGCAAGGUACAGUACAAAGACAGGAGUGUGGCUACUCGUGUCUCAUUUUGCCACCAGGAGUGUCAAAACAAAGAUGGUCCGACUUCAGGUCAUGUCUUUGAGAAUGUUUAUUUACAUAAGAAAGCUAAAUUGCCAUAGCAUACAUAACAAUAAAAAAACCUCUUGUAUAAUCUUACAAAAGGUAGCUUUUUUUACUUUUUUCAUAGAGUAAUUUGAAAAUAUCCUGGUUGUUAUGAGCUGGUUAGUGUCAUCUAGAUUACGAAUUUUUCUAAUCUAUUGUGUAUUGUCUAUAUAUCAUAAACUGUGAUCAUUGAUUUUUGAGAAAGAAACAGUCAUAUACUUCAUUUAUGGUGGCUAUGACCAAUUGUUUUAUAAUGGUAAUGAUAAUGCAAUAUAUAAUGCUUUGAUUAAAAGUUUGAAUGUUGUGAUGUAUGGAAGUUCUGGCAGAGAACCGAGACUGGCAUAAAUGUCUCACUUCAUUAUGGUCACUUUUGAAACACUCUUGCAAAUAUUGUAAAAACCUGGAUGCAGCCAUGUAGGAGAAAACUAUUUUGUAACCAAGUCAGAAAAUUAUCUUUUUUAAUUAAUUAAACUAAGUUUGUUUAUUUGAUGUGAUGAGCAAGAAUGACUUGCCACUGCCAAGCUGUGGAAUAUUAACAAGGAAAUUGAUUAUUUUCAUCUCUUUCUGUGGAAGUGCCUUACUCUGCUACACUGUCAAAGGAUAGAAUAUGUAAAGCAUUUUCUGUUUUCUUGGAAAAUCUUGGGAUGAAGUUU